CGCACGGAAUAGGGGGAGGCGGGACGUUUGCCUGCGCACCAAUCAAAGAUCGGGCUCGUGUGAUAGGCACGUGGGAGCGCCAAUCAGACAGCGGAGAGCGGCUCAGUGUAUCUCUUUGCAGCAGUUCGGCUACACUGAGAACCGUGAAGGUUCUCGGAGCGGGACCUCCUGCUGCGACAGCUUCGAGCCGGGCUUGGCUCCGCUCUCGGGGCCAUGGCUAAAGGUACCCGCCCUGACAGGUGCUGGGGGGGGAGGGCAAGACCAUGUCCAAGCCCCGGGACGGCAAAGCGGAGGCGGCGACGGCUCCGGAGAGCACCGAGAGGAGGGGGCCCGGCCGCCCCAGGAUGAACGGGGAGAACGUAUUUCUUGGCCAGUCCAAAAUCUACACCUACCUAAAUCCUAACAAAUCUCCUGGGGCUCGUCCGCCCCUUCAAGAGGAAAACUCAGUCAUGCAUCAUGAGCUGAAAUGUCCAGGCAAAACACUAAAUGAAACAUGCAAAAGAGGAGACGGGAAAAAAAGUACUGUUAAUACAAUAGAAGGUGCUAUAAAACCAGAAGAUCAGAAUGAUAAAGAAAGUGGGUGUAAUUCUUCAGCGUCCUUUCCUAAUCAAAAACAAGAAGCUGCAGAAACUCAGAAAAACGUGCCUCUGCCUUCUGAUUCUACUGAUGCAGCAAAUGCAAAGCAAGCUCAGAAGAAAGUGGUAAAAGCAAAACCUGGACCGAGGAGAAAAGCGCAAGGAAAAACAUCACAAAAUCGAAAAGUGACAGACUAUUACCCUGUUAGAAGAAGUUCCCGGAAGAGCAAAACUGAAUUGCAGACUGAGGAAAAGAGGAGAAUAGAUGAAUUAAUUGAAAGUGGGAAAGAAGAAGGCAUGAAGAUUGAUUUCAUUGACGGUAAAGGGAGAGGGGUAAUUGCUACCAAAUGCUUCAGUCGAGGAGAAUUUGUGGUAGAAUAUCAUGGGGAUCUCAUAGAGAUCACAGAUGCUAAAAAGCGAGAAGCUGUGUAUGCCCAAGAUCCAUCCACAGGCUGCUAUAUGUACUACUUCCAGUAUUUAAGCAAAAUGUACUGUGUCGAUGCUACAAAAGAGACUAAUCGUCUGGGAAGGCUGAUUAAUCAUAGCAAAUGUGGCAAUUGUCAAACAAAGCUUCAUGAUGUUGAUGGCGUACCUCAUCUCAUACUGAUAGCCUCGCGAGACAUUAAAGUGGGUGAAGAACUAUUGUAUGAUUAUGGAGACAGAAGCAAAGCUUCCAUUGAAGCUCAUCCAUGGCUGAAACACUAAUCCAUCCUUCUUCGGACUGAGCACUGUUGAAGAGAGUUGGUGGUGUGGUGUGUUUUUUUUUUUUUAAUUUAUAAAAACACUGCUAUCUUAGUGGAUUGCUUCUGGUGUUUUAAAAUAGUUUAAAAAACACCUUUUGCUCUAUAGUAUUUAAAUAUCUGUUACAGGUUUCCAGACAGGCUUGAACAGAUGGUGGCAGAUUACUGAAACUUUUUUAUUCAGUUUUGUACAUUUUUGCAAAUAGAUUGAUCAGCGCUUCCUGAGCAUGCAGUCAAAGACUUAUGCAUAUUUUAUAAGGGGGGGAGGGAAGAAAUCAAAUCUGAAUUUCUGGGUUGUGCUCCUGCUUUUGCAAUGAAAUUUCAUAUCCUGUUUAAAAGGAGGAGAUAUCAACUCUUUAGCUUGAUGGUAACAGAUGUGUCAUACGUUCUAACUCUCAAGUCACUGAUUCGACUACUUGUCAGCCUCUUUAAACCUAAUACUGACUGACCAAGGACCUUUUCAUGAAUGAAGCAUUGCUAGUAUCAUUAACUAGUCUGUGCUAGGAGUUUUUUCCAGCACAAUGCCCCUUGUUGGCAACAAAAGCACCAAAAUACACUGCAAUAAUGGGAUUGAAUGAACAACCUGGCUGCCUUCUUCAGAGAGACAUAACUCCAAUCCAAAUGGAGCUGGAUUUUUAUAAACUGGGUUGGUGCUUAUUAGAAAUGUGAAGAUAAAAUGUGCAAGUCAUCAAAAUGAGGAAUUGCUUUUUAGGUGUUACUCUGUUUUCUAAAAAGUUUGAGAUGGUACCUUUUUUAUAGGUAGUGGCUGAUUUGAGGGAGUUUUGUUAAAUGGCUUUUUAGAAAACAAAACAAAAAAAGCCUCUCUACAAACGUAUUACCUCCCAAUGUUAAUUGGCCACAUCAGAAACUGAAUUAUUUAUUUACUGUGAAUGCUGGAAGUGGAUCAGAAUGUUUCCAAAAUUAGGAGUCUUGUCUUCAUGUGCAUCUUCAGUCUUGCUUUUGGAGUUGUGCAUAUGCAUUGAAGAGAGUAGAUUCCUUAAGGCCUGAUCCUGUAAACUGUUGUGCACUGUCUGGUCCCAUUGACUUCAAUGGGAAUUGAGGGUGCUUAGCACCUUGCAGAAGAUGCUCAGUACAUCACAGGUUCGGGCUUAUUGGGGGAACCAAAUCCAUGGUAUGGGAAGGCUAUACAAUGGAGAUCCAGACAGUGAAUAUGAACUCUUAUCAAUUGAAAUGUUUGCCAAGGCAUGCUUGGCAUGUGUGUAGCUGAAAGAUGGCCUUAGGCCACCAGCCACGCUUCUUGAUGGAAAAUGUGUCAGCAAGAGGUCUGUGGCUUUAUUAAUGUCCUCUGCUCUUCCAUGUUCUCAAAGCUGCUCCUCCUGCGCAUACCACCCAAGGCAGUCAUGUUCACUUGUGUGAUAGCCAGGAUAAUACAGUCCAACCUAUGUGUUUCAGCAGCAAGCAAGCUGGUUUAGUGAUGUAUUUUAAAAACAAAAACUUGAAGAAAAUGUGUCUGUAAAAUAAAAAUAUAUAUAUUUAUUAACAA